AUGGAAGAAUAUAUGGAGAAUGGUAGCAACCAUGAUAGUGAGGAAUUUGAGGGAACAAAUGUAAAUAAACCUGAAGGUAAUACCUUAGGUGCUUCAUCCUCGGGAUUAAUAAGAAAACGAGGAAAGACUUUACGUCGGAAAAUUCAUGCACAAGAAUUCAAAGAUAGACAAGAGGACACCUUGAGUGAAGACGGACAACCAAUUGGUCCAGAUGAAAAGACAGUGUCUGAACUUAGUAGUUUUUUGGGGACACUAGGAAGAAGUUCAGAUUUAUGUCCUCUCACUUUCUCUAGUUAG